AUUGGUUUGGGUUUUUCUGGGCUGAAUCUUGGUGUUUUGGAGGUUUUUAUGGUCACAGGAUGCCCGGUGAGUUCUAGGGAUGGACUUGGGCAGGAGGAACCCCCAAGCCAACGCGCUCAGCCCUUGUUUCCCCCCCAUCAGGAUUUGUCCUUCCCAAAGCUUGGGCAGAUGGAGGAGGAGGCUGCGAGGAAGAGGAAGAUGCCUUGGGCCCCCCAGGCAGGCCCCGAGCUGAGGAGGGAGAGCCCGGAGGACAAAUCCCCCCGUGAGACCCUGGUGGGAGAGGCCGUUUUGAAGGGCUCCCCGGCACAGGAAGGCAGCGGGGAGGAAAAGGGCCGGAGAUCCCCCCACAGGAGGGGCUCCAAAGCCAUCCCAGGGUGCUCUGAGGAGGAAAGAGCCAGCCUGUGCCGGGAAGGCGGCUGGAGCUUGAGGCAGAGCUCUGACCUGGUGGUCCCUGAUCAGCCUCCCAGCAGAGAGAAGCCCUUCAAAUGCUUGGAAUGUGGGAAGAGCUUUAGUAGGAGCAACACCCUCCUCACCCACCAGCACAUCCACACUGGAGAACGGCCCUACCCUUGUGGGGAAUGUGGGAAGAGCUUCAGGCAAAGCUCCAAGCUUAUCCAACACCAGCGCAUCCACAGUGGGGAAUGGCCCUACACAUGUAGGGAAUGUGGGAAGGGCUUCAGCGACAGGUUCAGUCAAUGCACCCACCUGCGCAUCCACACUGGGGAACGUCCCUACAGGUGUGGGGAAUGUGGGAAGAGCUUCAACUGCAGCUCCAACCUCCUCACCCACCAGCGCAUCCACACUGGAGAACGUCCCUACACGUGUGGGGAAUGUGGGAAGAGUUUCAGGCACAGCUCCACCCUCCACUCCCACAAGCACAUCCACACUGGGGAACUACCCUACACGUGUGGGGAAUGUGGGAAGAGCUUCAGGAACAGCUCACACCUCCGUAUCCACCAGCACAUCCACACUGGGGAGCGGCCCUACACGUGUGGGGAAUGUGGGAAGAGCUUCAGUGACAGCUCCAAUCUUCACGCCCACCAACGCAUCCACACCGGAGAACAGCCCUACACUUGUGGGAAAUGUGGGAAGAGGUUUCAGACCAGCUCACAUCUCCUCAGACAUGAGCGGACGCACACGGAUGAGAGGCCCUUCUGCUGCACCGACUGCGGGAAGGGCUUCAAGCAGAAUGCUCACCUCGUCACCCAUCGGCGCAUCCACACCAGGGAGAGGCCCUACAAGUGUGGGGAGUGUGGGAAGAGCUUCAGUGACAGCUCUACCUUGACCAGACACCAACGGACCCACUGCUAAGGGAAGCCCUGUGAGUGCCCCGACUGCGGGAAGAGCUUCGGCCGUAGGACUGACACACAAAAAAGGUUUCAAAAGGUCUUCAGGAUUUUGAGUAUC